UUUCAUCCUAUUUAAACUUUGCUUCGCUCAUCGCAUUCCCUCCAAAAUCACCAGCUCUCAUAAAACCUGUGAAUUCUUUGACAUAUAUAUAUAUAGCAACAAUCAGUUUUGGAUUAAUUUGCUGCUCGGAUUGGUCUCUAAGAGGGUUUUUGAGCAAAGGAAAUGUCUCCUGCUGUUUCGUUGUCUGCAUCUUACCUGCCCGUUUGCAAAUUCCAGGACUUCCCUAAAGAUGAUCAUCUUCCCAGGAUGACUGCUGCUGCAAGAGAGAUGAACCCGUGGCAGAAAUCACAGCAAGAAACCAAGCCCGGGAGAAGACAACUGAUGAUUAAUACUACUGGGAUUACUCUUCUGGGAGGGGUUCUAACGCAGCCUGGAAAAUCAGCAGCAGCAGAACCUGAGAGCCCAUUGGAGGCUACAUCAAGCAGAAUGUCGUACUCGAGGUUCUUGGAGUACUUGGAUCAAGAUUCUGUCAGGAAGGUGGAUUUGUUCGAGAACGGGACUGUUGCAAUCGCUGAGAUAUUCAAUCCAGCGCUGAACAAAAUCCAGAGAGUCAGAAUUCAGCUGCCUGGAUUGCCACAAGAACUCUUGAGGAAACUCAAGGAGAAGAACGUAGAUUUUGCGGCGCACCCGAUGGGAGUGAACGUUGCUGCAGCCACUCUUGACAUACUGGGGAACUUGGCUUUUCCAUUGAUACUGUUGGGAGCUCUAUUUUUGAGAACUAGGUCUCCCAAUGUCCCUGGAGGUCCUAACUUGCCGUUUGGGUUGGGAAGGAGCAAAGCUAAGUUCCAGAUGGAACCCAAUACAGGAGUGACGUUCGAUGACGUAGCUGGAGUUGAUGAAGCAAAGCAAGAUUUUCAGGAGAUUGUUGAGUUUCUCAAGACCCCUGAAAAGUUUGCUGCAGUAGGUGCAAGAAUACCGAAGGGAGUGCUCCUGGUUGGACCUCCAGGAACCGGGAAGACGUUGCUGGCUAAGGCCAUAGCUGGUGAAGCUGGAGUGCCCUUCUUUUCGCUAUCGGGAUCAGAAUUCAUUGAAAUGUUUGUUGGGGUUGGAGCUUCCAGGGUGAGGGAUUUGUUCAACAAGGCUAAGGCAAAUUCUCCUUGCCUGGUCUUCAUCGAUGAGAUAGAUGCCGUUGGAAGGCAGAGGGGAACUGGAAUUGGUGGAGGAAAUGAUGAAAGGGAGCAGACGCUUAAUCAGUUGCUCACAGAAAUGGAUGGUUUCACUGGGAGCAGUGGAGUGAUUGUCAUAGCAGCUACUAACAGGCCUGAAAUUCUUGAUGCUGCUUUGCUCAGGCCUGGAAGGUUUGAUAGACAGGUUACUGUCGGGCUACCAGAUGUUAAAGGGAGGGAAGAGAUACUCAAGGUUCACAGUAAAAACAAGAAGCUGGACAGCGAUGUUGAUCUGAGUGUUAUCGCAAUGAGAACUCCUGGAUUUAGUGGGGCAGAUCUAGCAAACCUGAUGAAUGAGGCUGCAAUUCUUGCUGGUAGGAGAGGUAAAGACAGAAUUACUUUAAAAGAGAUUGAUGACUCGAUGACAGAUGGGAAAAGCAAGAUCUUAGUCGCUUAUCAUGAAAUUGGACAUGCAGUUUGCGCGACCUUAACUCCUGGACAUGAUCCUGUACAGAAGGUGACAUUGAUCCCACGAGGACAGGCUCGUGGUUUGACAUGGUUCAUACCUGGAGAAGAUCCAACACUAAUCUCUAGGAAGCAGCUAUUUGCUAGAAUCGUGGGAGGUCUUGGUGGUCGAGCAGCAGAAGAAGUUAUCUUUGGGGAAUCGGAAAUCACUACCGGUGCAGCAGGAGACUUGCAACAAAUAACUCAGAUAGCUAGGCAGAUGGUUAUAACCUAUGGAAUGUCGGAGAUUGGACCAUGGGCGUUGAUUGAUCAGGCAGUGCAGAGCAGCGAUGUGGUGUUGAGGAUGUUAGCAAGGAAUCAAAUGUCGGAGAAACUUGCAGAAGACAUUGAUAACUCUGUUAGGCAUAUAAUCGAGAGUGCAUAUGAGAUUGCGAAGAAUCACAUAAGGAACAACAGAGAGGCUAUGGAUAAGUUAGUUGACGUGCUAGUGGAGAGGGAAACUCUCACUGGGGAGGAGUUUAGGGCACUGCUCUCUGAGUUUACUGAUAUCCCUUCAGAAAAUGUAGACAGGAAACCUAUCAGGGAGUUGAUUGAGGCCUAGGAAGCGAAACACUACUUGACUGUACCAUAAUACAAGUAAGAGAACAGAUUUAGCAGAAAAACAAUCACAGCUUGCCUGAAACUGUUUCA